AUGCCGAAAAUCUGCGGGCACGAUGUGAUCGUGGGCGGCGGAUUGCUCGGAGCCUCCAUAGUUCGUGCUCUCAAGAUCGGGUCGCCAAACGACCAUAUUGUUUGGUUCACAGGUACGGAGAGGAAGACGGCUUCCACAGAUCACAAUAAGAUCAUACGCACUCUUUAUCCAGAUGAACUUUACGUCCGACUUGCGCAAGAUGGCAUGAAUCAUUGGCAGGAUCACGAAUGCUUCCAUCAAAUCGGAUGGGUCGCGGGAGUGAGGAAAUGGGCCCAGAGCAAAAGGAAAUCACCAAGCGACAUCAAAAUCUCUAUAGAAGAGUAUCAAAGCAUGGUCGGCUCGGACGAAGCUCCCAGACUGUCCGAAACGGAGGAAUUAUGGCAUAGUCGCACCGUUGGAUACGCAGAUACAGCAUACGCGCUCCGGCUUGUAAAGGAUGAGGUCAAAGCCCUUGGUGUUGAAGUCAGAGAAGUAGACGUACGAAGGAUUCUAACGGAUGAUGACGGGAGUUGCCGAGGCGUUGAAGUCGACGCAGAAGUGCCAUACGAGAUGCUCGCCGACAAAGUUAUCGUGUCCGUGGGUCCAUGGAUACCACAGCUUCUCGAAGCAUCCAAAAUACCGUUCCCCGAUGGAAUCCUUAGGAUUAUCGGACUGGUUGUGGGCAUUCUUCGACUAACUCAUACUGAUAUGAAGACAUUGAACAUGGACAUGCCAAUGUCUGUUGGGGAUGAAGGUAAGGUUAAGGCUUUAGAUUUUUUCUGUGCUCGCUUACAGCCGCUAGGAGAGGUGAUAGUAUCGAAACGACACAACCUUUUGAAGUUGACGACACCACGCACGUUUGAGGUGGAGAGCAUGAAUAAGCUUCACGAUCAUCCGAUGGCACGCGAUGCCAGUGCAAACAUUGCUGUUUUGCACAAGUGGUUUCCACAGUUCGAAAAUAGAGAUAUAGAAAGUUGGGUUUGUCCGUGA